GUUGCUUGGCAGCCACAAGGCAGAUAGAUGCCUGCUGCUGUGCAGGAGGGGUCUCCGUUUCUGAGGGAGGAGUUUGUUUGUAGAAGUUCUCACUGGAUUUUAGCCUUGUUAGAUUCGGUGUAUUCCAGAGAGCAAGGACCAUUUUCUUUUGUUAACAUGCUUCCUGCCACUCACUCAGUUCUUGUGAUCUUCUUAAUCAUCGGAGGGACCAACGGAGACUCAGUGAACCAGACAGAAAACCUAGUGAUUCUUCCAGAGGAGGCACCUAUGACUCUGAACUGCACUUACCAGACCACUUAUUCGGACUAUUUUUUCUGGUACGUCCAGUAUCUCAACAAAGCUCCUCAACUCCUCCUGAAGGGGUCAACUGCAAACCCGAGGGCAGAGGAGCAAGGUUUCCAGGCCACUCUGGUUAAGAGUGACAAGACCUUCCACCUGCAGAAACGCUCAGUGCAAACAUCAGACUCGGCUGUGUACUACUGCGCCAUGAGUGACACAGUGAGAGGGGCUGCAGGGGGAGCUGAGCACAAACCCAGAGGGCACAGGAGAGACCAGCGGAGACUCAGUGAACCAGACAGAAGUCCCAGUGAUUCUUUCGGAGGAGGCUACUAUGAUCCUGAACUGCACUUACCAGACCACCUAUUCAGAUUUCUAUGUUUUCUGGUACAUUCAGUAUCUCAACCAAGCUCCUCAGUUCCUCCUGAAGGGGUCAAGCGCAAACCUGAGGGGAGAGCAUCAAGGUUUUCAGGCCACUGUUGUUAAGAGUGACAGGACCUUCCACCUGCAGAAACUCUCAGUGCAAACAUCAGACUCGGCUGUGUACUACUGUGCCCUGAGGGACACAGUGAGAAGGGCUGC